CCGGGCCGGCAGCAAUAGCGGCGACCGCGGCGGUGCCGGUGGGAGCCUCUCCGUGCUCGGCUCCGCGGUGCCGGUGACCUUCUCGGAGCUGAUCGCCAGGCCGGGGCAGGGCCUCUUCUCCCCGCGGAGAGUGUGCACCAGGCCCCGGGGAGAGGGCAGGAGGCUGGGCCGGAAUUCCCCGUCGCCCGCGGGUCCUCCUGGCCGCCGGCGGGGCCUGUGCGCCGCGCGGUUCGCCGCCGGGGAGAGGGGCGGGGGAAGGCGAGCGGGACGGACGGACGCGGCCGGGCUGCACCUCGGGACAGCGCGGGGCGGGCAGGCCCCGGGGAGAGCUGAGCUGAGCUGGGCGGCGGAGGAGGCGGCCACCUCGGCGGCGCAUCCCGGGAAGAGUCGGGACCUCCCCACCGCCCUCCUCCUCCUCCUCCCACCGUUAGCGGCUCCUCGUCCCGGGCAGAGUGGAGCUGCCGCCCGAGCUGGGACCCGCUGGCUGUCACCUCCGGAACGCCGGGCUGCGGGGACGGAGCUGGAGCUGCCCGCCUGGAGCAGAGGAGGGGGAAGCACCGCUUGCCUGCGCGGAGCGGCGGGCGCUGAGCGCCCGUCCCGGCGGCCCGGGAGCCACCCGGAGAAGGGAGUAAUAUGUGGGAGGCUGUGGACUAUUUGCUUCCGACAUAGGAACAGCAUUGAGUUGGGAUUCUGCACUCCUGAGAGAAUGCUGGGAAUCUGCAGAGGGCGACGGAAAUUCCUGGCUGCCUCUCUGACCAUCCUUUUUGUCCCAGCCAUUACGUGGAUUUAUCUGUUUGCUGGGAGUUUUGAAGAUGGGAAGCCGGUGUCGCUGUCCCCGCUGGAGUCGCAGCCCCACAGCCCUCGGUACACGGCGUCGAGCCAGCGGGAGCGCGAGAGCCUGGAGGUGCGCGUGCGGGAGGUGGAGGAGGAGAACCGCGUGCUGCGCAGGCAGCUCAGCCUGGCGCAGGGCCGAGGCCCAGCGCACCACCGCGCCAACCACUCCAAAACAUACUCCAUGGAGGAGGGCACGGGCGACAGCGAGAGCCUGCGGGCUGGCAUCGUGGCGGGGAACAGCUCUGAGUGCGGCCAGCAGCCGGUGGUGGAAAAGUGUGAGACUAUCCACGUUGCCAUUGUCUGUGCAGGGUACAACGCCAGUCGGGAUGUUGUCACUCUCGUCAAGUCUGUCUUGUUUCACAGGCGAAACCCACUCCACUUUCACCUCAUCGCAGAUGCGAUUGCCAAACAGAUCCUGGCAACUCUGUUCCAGACAUGGAUGGUCCCUGCUGUGCGCAUAGACUUCUAUGAUGCAGAUGAGCUCAAGUCUGAAGUGUCUUGGAUCCCCAACAAACACUACUCUGGGAUUUACGGGCUGAUGAAGUUGGUUCUGACUAAGACUCUACCUUCCAAUCUUGAGCGAGUCAUUGUCCUCGACACAGACAUUACAUUUGCCACUGACAUUGCUGAGCUAUGGGCCGUCUUUCACAAGUUCAAAGGGCAGCAAGUUCUUGGCUUGGUGGAGAACCAGAGUGAUUGGUAUUUGGGCAACCUUUGGAAGAACCAUCGGCCCUGGCCAGCGCUUGGGAGGGGCUACAACACAGGGGUGAUCUUGCUGCUUCUCGAUAAGCUGCGGAAGAUGAAGUGGGAGCAGAUGUGGAGACUCACGGCGGAGCGGGAGCUGAUGAGCAUGCUGUCCACUUCACUGGCUGACCAGGAUAUCUUCAAUGCAGUCAUCAAACAAAAUCCCUUCCUUGUCUACCAGCUCCCAUGUUUCUGGAAUGUGCAGCUUUCUGAUCACACCCGUUCCGAGCAGUGCUACAGAGACGUGUCUGACCUGAAGGUGAUUCACUGGAACUCACCGAAGAAGCUGCGAGUGAAAAACAAGCAUGUGGAGUUUUUCCGCAACCUCUACCUGACAUUCCUGGAAUAUGAUGGGAAUUUGCUGAGACGGGAACUCUUUGGCUGCCCCAGUGAAGCAGAUGUUAACAGUGAAAAUCUCCAGAAGCAGCUGUCUGAGCUGGACGAGGAUGACUUGUGCUAUGAAUUCCGUCGGGAGCGCUUCACCGUCCAUCGUACCCAUCUGUAUUUCCUCCAUUACGAGUACGAGCCUGCUUCAGACAACACCGAUGUGACACUGGUGGCACAGCUGUCCAUGGACAGGCUCCAGAUGCUUGAAGCCAUCUGCAAGCACUGGGAAGGUCCCAUCAGUCUGGCACUCUACCUUUCCGAUGCAGAAGCCCAGCAAUUCCUGCGCUACGCUCAGGGCUCAGAAGUCCUGAUGAGCCGCCACAACGUUGGCUACCACAUCGUGUACAAGGAGGGGCAGUUCUACCCUGUGAACCUGCUCAGGAACGUGGCCAUGAAGCACAUCAGCACACCAUACAUGUUUCUGUCCGACAUCGACUUCCUGCCCAUGUAUGGACUCUACGAGUACCUCAGGAAGUCUGUCAUCCAGCUAGACCUAGCUAACACCAAGAAAGCUCUGAUUGUACCUGCCUUUGAGACCCUACGCUACCGCCUCUCCUUCCCCAAGUCAAAAGCAGAGCUGUUAUCUAUGUUGGACAUGGGAACCCUCUUUACAUUCAGGUACCACGUCUGGACGAAAGGGCACGCGCCAACAAAUUUUGCCAAGUGGCGAACAGCCACCACCCCCUACCGUGUGGAGUGGGAGGCAGACUUUGAGCCAUACGUCGUCGUGAGGAAGGACUGCCCGGAGUAUGACAGGCGCUUUGUGGGAUUUGGCUGGAACAAAGUAGCUCACAUCAUGGAACUGGAUGCACAGGAGUACGAGUUCACGGUGCUGCCCAACGCCUACAUGAUCCACAUGCCGCACGCGCCCAGCUUCGACAUCACCAAGUUCCGCUCCAACAAGCAAUACCGCAUCUGCCUCAAGACGCUCAAGGAGGAGUUCCAGCAGGACAUGUCGCGCCACUACGGCUUCGCGGCCCUCAAAUAUCUCACAGCAGAGAACAACAGUUAGCGCCGCGGAGCCCACACCUGGCCAGCGGGGACACCGAGGCAAGAGCCACCCAGCCUUUGGGGCCUGGUCUUCACACUUCAGACUGAGAAAUACUUCCUGUUUUUAUAUCAUACUCGGCAGUUCUAACAGUAGAAAUUUGAAGUGACAUGUCUUGGGACUACGCUCAUUCAUCCCUUCCCCAACUACCCCGAGCCUGUCGGCUUUAGCGUUCAUGAGGCGUUUGCGAGUGGGGCCAGCCGGGCGCCCUGCAAGCCACCCAAGGUGGGGACUGGGCAGGGGCUGGGAUUGCACUCCGCUCUCUUGACUGCAGAGCACAGACAGACCUUCAGAAUACAGGAUUUCAUGUUGCUAUUUAAUAAUUUGACAUGCUUUUUAUCUGUAAAGGAAGAUCUUCGGGUCGCUGUCCUGUGAAUUUCAAAUCUGCACUACUCUAAAAGGGAACUUUCACCUGUGAACUUCCACAGGGGCCCUGUUAAUAUGGAUGACCUUGUUAAUGCAGGAUGAGCCAAAGGUCUGAAUUAGCCUUGAAAACACAGGGGACACUUACACAAUACUGCACUCCUGAGAAGGUUCAGUUGUAUACAUGAUAUUGGUUGGUCUUUUUUUCUCAAUUUUUUUUUUUUUUUUUUUUCAGGAAAAUCCCCUAUAUCCCACCCUGCCUUUGCCCCAGUCCUAAAUGCUGCUCCUUUUCCUUGCCAAGGAAAUAUCUCCCUUGUGUUUCUUUGCCAUCUUCGGUUUUGGUGGUCCAGUAAAGAAGAUCAGUAGCUCUGCCAGAAAGUGAACAAAACUUGUCAGUUUAAGGUCUGUUUUCAUCAGAACAACUUGUUCACAUGUGUCUCAUAAGAUAAAGGACCCGGCUCUAACCCUUUAUCUUUUUUAGGCAAGAAUUGGAUUUUACCUGUAAGGCACAUUGUACCAGGGGAAUACUGAUUUGUAGGCUCAUUUCAGUGCUGCCCAUCCAUGAAGGCACUGGGCCUUAGGCUUUAAGUGGACUUCUUUGCUGAACAGUGAAUAUAAACUAGUAAAAAGGCAACUAGUAGCCUUGGUGCUCUCCUGCUGCCUGCUGCAAGGUCUCAGAACUACUUCGUUAAAGGAGUUUAUAAUUAAAAGGAGCAGAACUGUUAGGAAUAAACUCCCCAUUGGACGGGGAGAAAAGAAUGUGUUGGGAAUCUGAGUGAGUGUUUGUUUGAACGUGGACUGGUCAAGUUCACAACAUCGGUACACACAGGAGUUUGCUGGAGGGCAAACAGGAACCUAACAAGCAAAAUGCAGAAAACAAGACACUGGACUUUUUGCCAUUUUCUUUAUCUUCAGUAUUAAUGUUGUGUUUACAUGGGAGGAAGAGAUGAGGUGCACUACCCCUUGCAGGGCUAUUUGUAAUUUCUGUUGCAAUGUUAAUAGAAAAAGCAGAAACAACUCAGUGAGAAACGUGUCUGUCUCCCUGCCCCAAACACCAAACAACCGCAUGUACCAAUACCACUGCCUGAGCUGGGAAAUGGAUCCAUAUUGUGUUCUGCUCACAUUUUAUCAUUUUGUUUUUCAGCCACUGGACCUUCUACUUUCUUCCCCACCUCAUCCCUCUAGAGCUUGGUUUUAUUUCUAACCUGACAUUUUGUGAGAGAUUUCUGUUACGGUGGAAACCACGCAGUUAAACCAGACAUUUAAACUACAAAUAUCAGUUCAUCAUUCUGUGUAUAUAUAAGAAAAGCCAAAAAAGGCAAUAUCUUUGACAAGAAAUAAAAAGGGGCGGGAGGCUGUGUGUAGUUUUCACUUUUUCCCCUGGGAGUGUUGGCUGCAUAAGAAUAUAUCACUGCAUAAUUUUCCAAAGAGCUUUCUUUUCUGUUCUUAAUGGCUUUAUGCAAAGAUUUACAUAAAAAGCUGGAGAGAGCUGGAAAGAAGGGAAAUUGGUGCUCACUUCUAGCUAAGAUACAUUAUUUUGAAAACAUCAAAGUGUUAAGUCCCCAAGUCCUGUAUUACCAUUAAAGGCACAGGUCACUGUGCUGAUGGAGAAUGAGAAGAACCCUGCAGCACAGACUGUUGAUUAGCCAGGGUGCAGAAAGAUCCCAAAAGCUGACCCUGAGAGGAGCUAACAGUCAUUGAAACAUGACACCUACAUGGAAUCCCCAGUCAGAGCUUCAGUGUGGCCACCAUUAUGUUCCAUAUGUAUUAAAAAUUUUCAUUUCCAGAUGUACAUUUCUCCUUGGCUUAACAACAUUGCCAAAGGAUGGACUGGAUUUCCCUGCAGCAGCAUAACCUGGACAUUACUUGGCUGUGCCAUUAUCAGCAUUCUUCUCAUUAUUCUGUUCUCAGUGGUGAAGGAUGGGGGAGCAGGGAGAUAAUGAUUUGCUACUUGCCUGACUGUACAGUGAAUCUUGGGACCUCCUGGAUAGACUUAGGUGUGCUGGCUGGUGUAAACAGCUCAGAGAUUGGUAGCAGGUACAAAGAAUCCCUUUUUUUGUCCUUACAGACACUGUACUGACUUGUAUCUGUCAUGUCAUGUCUGUCUCUGUGCUUCAUAAUUUGAGAGGUGUGGGUCUUGGGGUUUUUUUGCACAUUUCAAAUAAUUUACCUGAUGGUAAGUUAGGAUUACAUAUCUGUCUGUAACUGCCAGGGCUCCUUCAGCACAUGACAAAAUCCACCACAGACAACAAAAAAAAAUUCCCAACUCAGUUACAACACUGGCUGUCUUCCAGUCCUCUGCUGUAGUAGGUAUUUGCUAGGAACUUUGUUACUUAAUUCUCAGUUUUUUCCUGAAAUCUUCCAGAAAUAGCAGAUAAACCUGGUGACUUAAUGCCUUUGAUUUAUUGAUUUGUUCCACCAACUUCUCUCUUGAGUCUUCAAUCUAUGACCUCUCCGUAUCUUUGAUAUUUGGAAAGUGUGAGUCUCUCAUUUAGAUACCACUCCAGCACCCUCCCAGUGAAGACUGAUGCAAAUAAAUCAUUUAGAUUCUUGGCAAUGUCCUUACUGUCUUUAAUUGUUUCUUCUGCUUGUUUGGGGUGGCCUGCCCGUUAUCUACACUUUCUGCUUUUGGUGUACUGAGCAAAUGUUCAUUUUCAGUUUUAACUUCCUACUGUUUGCUCUUCAGAUUCCCUCUUAGCUUCCUCAAACUCCAUCUUAACUAUUUUAUACCUUCCUUUCAGCUUUACAUAGUUUUAUUUCCAUUCUCUGAAGGUUUCCUAUUUGGCCUGAAUAACUUCUAACAUUUCCCAUUUAGUCAUAUCAACAUUUCCUUGUUGUUGUCUUCCAUUCAUCCAAGGGGUACCAUAUUCCAUGGCUGUUUCUGAGCCCUUUCUAUUUUAAUAUGAGGAUUUCAGUUUUUAUAGUCCUUUUUAUUUAGACCCAUUGAUUCUUGAAAAAUAGAGUUUUGUUUUUAAAUUUAUGAAUGUCACUCUACUAGGUAUUGAGGGUAUUUUCCUCUUUAACCUUCCUAAAUGCUCACCUUUCCUAAUUAGGGGAUCAGAAAUAAAGUAUUACAGAAAUUGGGCUCUUACCUUGACACAUUUUAUUCUGUGUCUCCCUUUUCCCUCUCCACUACAAAACAUGGACAUUUCAGAGUCACUGCAAACUUUUCAAGUCCCAAAGCCAGAAAUUUUCCAUCACCUUUUGACAUCCCACCACUUCCAGACAUAAUUAUUCCAAAGAAUAACCUGCUGCCUGGUACCUAAUCCUCCUAUUUUUGUUUCAUUCUUCUCCCUGUGAUGUAACAGGCUCUGCAAGUUCAAGUUUUGGGUGAAACACUUAUUUGGUACCUUAUCAUAACCUUCCUAUAUGUUUCCAUGAUUUUUCUCUGUUGUCACAGUAGAUAUAUCUAUAUAUAGAGAUACACACACACAUAUAUAUACACAGACCUUCAAAAGUUUCCAUCCUGUCAUUUUCUAACUAAGGAUCAUCUACCAUUUGCCUAUCCAGCAGACACAGAAAAUGUCUCUUUUUAUCUGGGAUAGUUCUUAGUAUCUAUCAGGUUUCUUCCCAAGUCCUAGCUGUAGUAAUUCCUUCCAGCCUUGCUAGUUUCCUUUGUAAACAAUCUGAUCCCACUUCAUAAUUUGCUAUUAUUUUUCUAUUUGUAAUCAUUAUCUUGGAUGCCAUGGCAUAAAGGAAUUAGCAGCUGUACCUGCAGUUCCAUCACCGUAGUUAGACUGAGUAUGACACACACUGCCAUUACUCCUAAAGUACUGAUUUUUUACCUGGUUGGCUUCAUGUGGUUUGUUGGUAAAUUGUAAGCUGCAUUUUCCUUUUACUGCACCAAGCAGAGGCACUUUGUAGUGUUAUUUGCAGUAGCUGUUGCAGCAGAGUAAGCCCUGUGUUAGAGGGAGAAGCACAAAAAACCUCAUCAGAAUUGUAGCUGCUGUUUCUCUCCAGAGGGGAAAAUAAGGCCCUAGCACAGCUGAACAGUUUUAUAAAUGCCCUGCAAAAAGCACAUUACACAUUAUUUUCUGGUAGGUAUAAUCAUACAUCGUCCAAUUAAAUAUGAAAAAUACAUUUUUAAUGUUCUCAUUUUUAUGUGCAGUUCUACCCAGAAGAUAAUGCAUUUCCUUCUCUGUCUUGCCAGUUUCCCCCAUUACUCCAGCCUGCCUAAUAGCCCCAUCUGUUUUCAGCUGAGAAAGAUUAAUGGCCAGGAGCACUGGGAGUCCUGGCAAAUCAUCAGAGAUAUUACUCUUAGGCACUGCUCAGGACAUUCCUUCCUGCUCUGCCAGAUACUGUAUGGGUGUUCCUCAGGUUUCAGGGCAGCAGCAGAACACAGCAAGCUCAGCAAGUGGGGUGAGUGUCAUUAUUUAUGAACUUCAGCCAGGUCCAACAGAUUCAGCGGUGGGAGUGCUAGAAAGAGAAUGCAUCAUUGUUAGCUCAAAACAUAUUUCAAUAUUAGGGAAAAAAAGAAGCUAAGUUUCUGCAACUCCACUAGGUGAGACUGGAACAAAGAAAUCACUAGCAGACAGUGCCAGCCAAUAAUCAGGUAUUUCCACUGCAGUGUUGAAAAUGCAGAAGCAUUGAUAGCUCAAUGAAGUAAUUUUUACAGUAGUAAUUAAUAAUGUAUAUUUAGAUGGUGUGUUUACAUCCAAAUGCUUAGGUAUAUUGGGGAUUAUUUGAAGAUUGUUUAUUUGUUUCACAGUAUAAAAUUGCUUGGAAAAGCUGCUGGCUGUG